CCCGUGAGAGGUCCCCGCAACCUUAAGCAACAAGCUUUCCCCGCCUCGUUGUACUCGUGGAUUCUACGCCAAACCACUAUCAUCACCAUUGGGCCAGCACAAUGGAUAAUAUAUCCCUCGGACUGGGCCUAGAAGGCUCUCAUGUUCUAGUUACUGGCGGGGCUGGCCUUAUUGGGCGUGUUGUUGUUGAUCAUUUCAUCGCAGCAGGUGCGAAGGUGUCGUCGCUUGACAUCGUAUAUCCCUCGAUAUCUCAACAAGGCAGUGCUCCGUCAGACACGGGUCACCCGGCACUCAUUCCCGUCCACUGCGAUGUGUCGAACGAAACAGAGGUGCACCAAGCUUUCGCAACAGCUGUCGCUACUCAUGGCCCAGUUGAUGUCGUGAUAGCGUUGGCAUCUCUCGACCUCUCGGUCCUACGUCCUAGGCCAUUCGCUGAUGCAUCAUUCGAUCAGCUACGAGCCGUGCUUAAUACCAACGUCGCUGGCACAUGGUUGACUGCACGCGAGUGGACGCGUGGCUUACGUCAAGCAAGGCACAGCGGCACGCCGAUGCGGCAUCCCAACCUAAUCAUCGUUGGCAGCGAAAGCGGCCUCUUCGGUGAACGAUAUAACGCAGAAUACAGUCUUGGCAAGAGUGCUGUUCAAGGGGGCUUACUCCACUCCCUUCGAAUGGACGUCCCAAAGGAAUGGCCUGGAGCCCGUGUCAAUGUAAUCGCUCCAGGGCCGGUUCGAACGGAGCGAUGGGAACAAGAGUGUGAACAAAACCCAGACCAAUACUAUCUUGAGGCCCAAGCAACGACCGCAUUAGGCGAGCCAGUCCCUGUUAAAGCUGUCGCCAUGACUAUCUUGUCUGUCGCCAGCCACAAUUUCAGCAGUCAUGUUCACGGGCAGGUUAUCGCCGUUGAUGGUGGCAAGCAAGGCAAGGUCGUGUGGACACAGGAUGUGGCGCCUAAGCCUUACGAGUAGCUCCACUCGAGCUUGUCCGAUCUCUUCAUAGCCAUUGACGUCACAGGCUGUCUUACUCUCCAAGAAGGUAUAAUCUACUGCAGGUCUCAGAAGUUAUGUUUGCGCAAGCCGGUUUCGAUUAGCUCUAUUAGCGUAGUACGACUAUCCGUCCCAGCAGCCUGGCUUUCACAUCCAAAGCGUCUUAAUACGACGGUUAGACCCCUGCUGUUGUUCGCCCUAGACCAUGUUGGCA